AACAAAGUACAUGCUGGUAGGCGGAAUCGAACACGACCGGAUCCGUCUGGAUAGUAAUGAUAGACGAUAGACGGGGAUACUUUCGAGGUGGUGGAGGAAUUCGUCUACCUCGGAUCCUUACUGACGGCGGACAACAACGUGAGCCGUGAAAUUCGGAGGCGCAUCAUCAGCGGAAGUCGGGCGUACUACGGGCUCCAGAAGAAACUGGGAUCGAAAAAGAUUCACCCACGCACCAAAUGCACCAUGUACAAAACGCUAAUAAGACCGGUGGUCCUCUACGGGCACGAGACAUGGACCAUGCUCGAGGAGGACCUGCAAGCACUCGGAGUUUUCGAGCGACGCGUGCUAAGGACGAUCUUCGGCGGAGUGCAGGAGAACGGUGUGUGGCGGAGAAGGAUGAACCACGAGCUCGCUGCACUUUAUGGCGAACCCAGCAUCCAGAAGGUGGCCAAAGCCGGAAGGGUACGGUGGGCAGCGCAUGUUGCAAGAAUGCCGGACAACAACCCUGCAAAACUGGUGUUUGCAACUGAUUCGGUUGGCACAAGAAGGCGUGGAGCGCAGAGAGCACGAUGGGCGGACCAGGUGGAGCGUGCCCUGGCGAGCAUUGGGCGCGACCGAGGAUGGAGAGCGGCAGCCACAAACCGAGUAUUGUGGCGUACUAUUGUUGAUUAUGUCUUGUCUUAAUGAUGUUGAACAAAUAAAUGUAUGUAUGUAUUCCUCUGCCAAUGCCCAUUUUGCAUUUGUAGAUCGUGUGGCAAGUACGAAGAUAGCCUAUGCCUAAGGGAGUCAAGCAUGGUUAUGCUGAAUGCUGAAUUCCCACGCCUUAACAGCGUGGCUAUAGGGAACCUAUAGGGUUGCCACUGGUAUAAUAACUUCAUAAAAGCAUACAAAAGAGGACAUUCUUAAUGCUAAGUGAAAGGCUUCUGAUUACGUAUAUUGUCAACGUAAAACUCAUUUAUUUGUCUAUUUAAGGUGCACGCUGAGACCGGUUCGAUAGCUGCGUGCUAGCGUGUGAGCCUGGUGAUCUCAAGGUUCUUGGUUCGAAUCCGGCUGCCAACAGAAAGUUUUUUAAAUCGUAAAUUGGGUCCAUGGUAAAAUUGAAAACAUAAUUCUGUUGAAUUGAAACGAAACUCAGUCUGCACAAAUUUAGUGGCGUUGUGUAUUUAAAUUGACCCUCAGAAUAGUAAUUUCAACCGCAAGCCAUCUUUCAGUGUAUUUACAAUAACUUUUGUUCAAGCACUUUUUUUCGGAAACGCUUCCUUGGCAUAGAAACAUUCGUUCAAAGUCGUGGGAAGGAAAGGGUUAAACACUGGGUAUAAGCAGUGUUAAUUUAGCUAACACCAACACACUAUUUGUCAACAAAUGAAAACAUAUGACGCAUUGUCCAACUUUACCGGACCUUACGGUAGCCCUCUAUGUAGUUGUUUAACUUUAUUUGUUAUCAGGUCGAUGAUGUUGUUUCAUACUGUUCAUUGACUCCCAUCGCAGAAACGAGAAUUGAUUAUCGCAUCAAAAUCAGUAAAGUUUUUCAAUCGGACCAUGAUCGGCUUAUCUAUUUAAACCGUCCUGUAGAUCUUUUGUGUUGCCAGUUGUAUUUGGUGGCCCUCGUUGAUAAGGUUGGUGGAAAUAGUAUGGUGAAAUUUCAUACGCUAGUGUUGUUUGCGCUCACCUGCUACGCAUGCAGUGACGCUGCGUUAUGGAAUCCGUAUAGCAAGCUCAUGCGAGGAUCUGCCUCGCCACGUCGUCCAGGUGAAAGUGGCGAACCUUUGUUCCUGACUCCACUGUUGCAGGAUGGCAAAAUCGAGGAAGCUCGCAACAAAGCCCGCGUCAACCACCCCAUGCUGAGCUCAGUGGAAAGCUACUCUGGGUUCAUGACCGUUGACGCCAAGCACAACUCCAACCUGUUCUUCUGGUAUGUCCCAGCGAAGAACAACCGUGAGCAAGCGCCUCUGCUCGUUUGGCUUCAAGGAGGUCCAGGCGCCUCGUCGCUCUUUGGAAUGUUCGAAGAGAACGGUCCGUUCCAUAUUCACAGGAACAACUCGGUGAAGCAACGGGAAUAUUCCUGGCACCAGAAUCACCAUAUGAUCUACAUCGAUAAUCCAGUUGGAACCGGAUUCAGUUUCACCGAUAACGAUGAAGGUUACUCCACCAACGAAGAACAUGUCGGUGAAAACCUGAUGAAAUUCAUUCAUCAGUUCUUCGUCUUGUUCCCAAAUUUGUUGAACCAUCCGUUCUACAUCUCCGGAGAAUCUUACGGUGGAAAAUUCGUCCCUGCCUUCGCUUAUGCUAUCCACAAUUCCCAGAACCAACCGAAAAUCAAUCUGCAAGGAUUGGCCAUCGGUGACGGAUACACCGAUCCGCUGAACCAGAUGAACUACGGAGAAUACCUAUACGAACUGGGUCUGAUUGAUCUGAACGGACGGAAGAAGUUCGACGAUGAUACGGCUGCUGCUAUCGCCUGCGCCGAACGCAAGGACAUGAAGUGCGCCAAUCGUCUCAUCCAAGGUCUUUUCGACGGCAUCGAUGGACAGGAGUCGUACUUCAAGAAGGUCACCGGAUUCUCGUCCUACUACAACUUCAUCAAGGGAGACGACGAGAGCAAGCAAAGCAGUGUCCUGAUGGAGUUCCUGAGCAACCCGGAGGUUCGUAAGGGUAUCCACGUCGGUGAACUCCCGUUCCACGAUUCCGACGGUCACAACAAGGUCGCGGAAAUGCUGUCCGAAGACACCUUGGACACCGUGGCUCCUUGGGUGAGCAAGCUGCUGUCGCACUACCGUGUCCUGUUCUACAACGGUCAGUUGGACAUCAUCUGUGCCUACCCGAUGACGGUGAACUUCCUGAUGAAGAUGCCCUUCGAUGGGGACAACGAGUACAAGCGAGCAAACCGUGAAAUCUACCGAGUGGACGGAGAAAUUGCCGGGUACAAGAAGAAGGCCGGCCGUCUGCAGGAGGUUCUGAUCCGCAACGCCGGACACAUGGUUCCACGGGAUCAACCGAAGUGGGCAUUCGACAUGAUCACCUCGUUCACUCACAAAAACUACCUGUGAGGGAAGCGAUGUUCAGUUUUGAAUAAUAAAACUUAAAAUGUGAUU